GUUGUAUGUAAUAUUUAUCGACAAGCUGCAUGCGCCUGCCGUCGUCCGCACUUUUGAAGGUAAAAUUAGGCUGUAAACGAUCAAAGAUUUUUUUAAAAGGUUGCAACAAAUACCAAAUUUAAUUCUUCUGCGUCCUAUGCACGUUUGAACAUGGCUGAAGCAGGACCUUCCAGCUCUAACGAUGCAUCAAGCAGCGGCAUCCAAAGUCCAGAACAGAGGCUAGAAAGGGCUUCAGAUUACAAGAACACUGGCAACGAAUGCUACAAGAACAAGGAUUACAAAGGUGCCAUUGGGAAGUACCACAGAGCCCUCAUGUGUAUCAAGGACUUAGACAUGGGUGCAACAAGAAGAAACAUGAGUGCUGCUCUUGGUCUAGCAAGGCCAGGACCAGGUCAGGAUCAAGCAGCAUCUAGCCUUAAUCAAGCAACCAUACCUCAGCAUAUGUUGGACCAGGCAGCUGAAUUUGAAUUGAGCUGUUUGAACAAUUUAGCAGCGUGUCUACUUCAACUACCAGCUCCUGAUUACAGCAAAGUAGAAUAUUACUGCAAUCAAGUCCUUGAUAGAUCUGGCAGGAAUGUGAAAGCACUGUACAGGAGAGGAGUAGCACGGUACCAUCUACAUGACUACGAGGGUGCGCAUGAAAGUCUUUCAAAAGCAAACAGAAUUUCACCCGGUAUGUUGAAAUGUUUAUUUAUCUAUUUAUUCACUGAUCAGUACAGAUAUUUGGUAAAAUUAUGAUAAAUGUGGGAUUUAGCGCCCCCUUUCCUAGCCUCUCGUUUUGCCUACUCUGAACUUUGAACAUAGGGCAUGAGCGAAAGACUUUCAAAAGCAAAGAUAAUUUCACCUGGUAGUGGGAGGUUGAAAUAUUAUUUGGUUUACUGAUAUAGAUUAUUUCUGGUAAAGUUUUGGAAAAUCAUAUACCCCCAGCCUUAGUCUCUCGUGUUGUAUUGGGAUUAAUGUUACUUACUUUAUUGGCACUUAUUUUUACUGAGGUGUCCUCAGGCCUUGUAUUUUAAUAUUUCAAGGGCAAGGCCAUUUUUUUCAAAUGGGCACUUUUAAUAAUAUUACACUAU